GUUUUUGCUGAACUACUUCGGCUUCGACUGUUGCAGGUUCUUGUUUUACGGUUUUCGUGUUUUCAUUUUUCUUCAAUUUGCGGCGACGAAUUGAGGGUGGAUAUGGCCGAUGAUAUUUACGGCAGCGCUUCACUUCCGUCAGGUCCCGAUGGCUGGAAACGCCGUGUGACCUACUUCUACGAGCCCACAAUCGGCGAUUAUUACUACGGCCAAGGCCAUCCGAUGAAACCUCACCGUAUCCGCAUGGCUCAUAACCUCAUUGUUCACUAUGGCCUUCACCGUCGGAUGGAGAUCAACCGGCCCUACCCUGCUGGUUCCGAGGAUAUCCGGAGGUUUCACUCCGAUGACUAUGUCGAUUUUCUCGCCUCCGUCAGCCCCGAAACGCUGUCGGAUCAUGCCUUCUCUCGCCAUCUCAAGCGCUUUAAUGUUGGCGAGGACUGCCCUGUUUUUGAUGGCUUAUUCGGCUUCUGCCAGGCCUCUGCUGGCGGCUCCAUUGGUGCGGCCGUCAAGCUCAAUCGCGGCGAUGCUGAUAUUGCUAUCAAUUGGGCCGGUGGGCUUCAUCAUGCUAAGAAGUCUGAGGCCUCCGGUUUUUGUUACGUCAAUGAUAUUGUGUUGGGCAUUCUUGAGCUGCUGAAGUACCACAGGCGGGUAUUAUAUAUUGACAUUGAUGUCCAUCAUGGUGAUGGUGUGGAGGAGGCAUUUUACACUACCGACAGGGUAAUGUCGGUCUCCUUCCAUAAAUUUGGGGAUUUCUUUCCAGGGACUGGACACAUUAAGGAUGUUGGGGCAGGGUCUGGUAAAAACUAUGCUCUUAAUGUCCCUUUAAAUGAUGGAAUGGAUGAUGACAGUUUUCGUGGUCUGUUUAGGCCACUCAUUCAAAAAGUCAUGGAGGUGUAUCAGCCAGAGGCAGUAGUACUCCAAUGUGGUGCUGAUUCAUUAGCUGGUGAUAGGUUGGGGUGCUUCAACUUAUCUGUGAAAGGCCAUGCAGAUUGUCUUCAUUUCUUGAGAUCAUUUAACGUUCCUUUAAUGGUAUUAGGUGGUGGAGGAUAUACAAUCCGCAAUGUUGCUCGCUGCUGGUGUUACGAGACAGCGGUUGCUGUUGGAGUUGAACCAGACAACAAAUUGCCUUACAACGAGUAUUUCGAGUAUUUUGGACCUGAUUACACGCUUCACAUCGAACCAUCCAACAUGGAGAAUCUAAAUUCACCUAAAGAUAUGGAAAAAAUAAGGAACACCCUGCUGGAGCAACUCUCUAGACUCCCACAUGCACCCAGUGUACCUUUCCAGAUGACUCCCUCCUCCGAAGUCCCCGAAGAGGUGGAAGAGAACAUCGACCGGAGACCGAAACGCCGCAUUUGGAACGGUGAGGAUUAUGAUUCUGCACCUGAAGAAAACAGAAAGCGACCAAACAUCAGUGAAGGGCAUGGUGUAAAUAAUCUGACCAGGGACGAUGUCGAUGGUAUGGAGGAAGAUAAAAACAUGGACCAUCGAACUUGCUGACACAAAAACUCGUGUUGAGUUCUCGACGACCUUGAAGUCUUUAACCAAUUUCGAUAAAGACACCUAGAUCAAGCCUGAUUUUCACUUUUGAUUCGCAUACCAAUUAAUCUUCUGUUUUCAACAUGAAAGUUACAAUUUGUACACAGGACAUACACUGUAAACAGAAAUCAAUGGCAUUUACAUCGGAGACUUUUGUACCAAUAUUUUUGAGUUGAUUUGAACAUUAUGAUCUUCUCUGGUAUGUGUGAAAUUCAUAGUUCAGAAUUGAAAUUACUCA